CAAAAACCUAUGGCUUUGGUUGAUGCAUGAAACCCCUGUUUCCUUCACAUAAAAAUCAAACCCAUUUCCCUCAAAUUCAAUCGCUUUUCACACGAUUCCCCAAUAUUUAUACACUUGAUUGAUCGAAUUCAAGAAAACCUCUACCAAAAAAAAGCUCAAAAGCUUCAUUAAUGGCUUCCGCCACCAAUACUGUUCUUUCUUCCAAUUUCUUUGGCUCAAAUGUCUUGCUCUCAACCCCAACGCCUAAAACCCACAAAACCUUAAGGAAUAGAUUCGUAAUCCCGCAAUCAAUUCUUAGCAAAAAACCCAAUUCCUCAAAUGAUUUCAAUUUUCAAUCGAAAGCCACUUUAGCUGCUCUGCUAUUCUCUUCAAUCACAACACCACAAGCCUUAGCGGACACCAAUCCACCACCACCACCGCCACAAGCCCCACUUCAAGCUGAGUUAGUUAAACAAAACCCAUCAACAAAUUCUUUACCGUUUUCACAAUCGAAUGUUCUCACUGCACCAAAACCCCAGGCCAAUUCCGACCUUCCUGAAGGUAGCCAAUGGAGAUACAGCGAGUUCUUAAAUGCAGUCAAGAAAGGGAAAGUCGAAAGGGUUAGAUUCAACAAAGACGGUGGCGUUUUACAGCUCACCGCCGUGGACGGCCGUAGAGCCUCCGUAGUCGUCCCAAACGACCCUGAUCUUAUUGACAUCUUAGCAAUGAACGGUGUUGAUAUAUCAGUGUCAGAAGGUGAAGCCAGUAACGGCCUUCUCGGGUUCAUUGGCAACCUAUUGUUCCCAUUGUUAGCCUUCGGUGGUCUGUUCUUCUUAUUCCGCCGAUCCCAAGGAGGCGGCGGUGGACCAGGCGGCCUCGGUGGACCUAUGGAUUUCGGAAGGUCAAAAUCCAAGUUCCAGGAAGUCCCAGAAACCGGCGUUUCUUUCGCAGACGUCGCCGGAGCAGAUCAAGCUAAACUGGAGCUCCAAGAAGUCGUUGAUUUCUUGAAAAACCCAGAUAAGUACACAGCCCUCGGAGCUAAAAUCCCAAAAGGGUGUUUACUCGUGGGACCACCAGGAACCGGGAAGACCCUUUUGGCUAGGGCGGUGGCCGGAGAAGCUGGUGUGCCAUUUUUCUCAUGUGCUGCAUCAGAAUUCGUUGAGUUAUUUGUGGGUGUUGGUGCAUCUAGAGUUAGGGAUUUGUUUGAAAAGGCGAAAUCAAAAGCACCUUGCAUUGUGUUCAUUGAUGAAAUAGAUGCUGUAGGAAGACAAAGAGGUGCAGGUCUUGGUGGUGGGAAUGAUGAAAGGGAACAAACUAUUAAUCAAUUGUUGACAGAAAUGGAUGGUUUUUCGGGUAAUUCUGGUGUUAUUGUUUUGGCUGCUACUAACAGACCCGAUGUUCUUGAUUCCGCUUUGUUGAGACCUGGGCGGUUUGACCGACAGGUGACAGUUGACCGGCCUGAUGUUGCUGGUAGAGUCAGGAUCCUUCAGGUGCAUUCAAGGGGAAAAUCACUUGCAAAAGAUGUGGAUUUUGAUAAGGUUGCUAGGAGAACACCAGGUUUCACAGGAGCUGAUUUGCAAAACUUGAUGAAUGAAGCAGCCAUUCUUGCAGCUAGACGUGACCUUAAGGAAAUAAGCAAAGAUGAGAUAUCAGAUGCUCUUGAGAGAAUCAUUGCUGGCCCAGAGAAGAAAAAUGCAGUUGUUUCAGAAGAGAAAAAGAAGCUUGUUGCAUAUCAUGAGGCUGGACAUGCUCUAGUUGGUGCCCUAAUGCCCGAAUACGACCCUGUAGCAAAGAUAUCCAUCAUUCCUCGUGGUCAAGCAGGUGGUCUUACAUUUUUUGCCCCAAGUGAAGAAAGACUCGAAUCUGGUUUAUAUAGCAGAAGUUACCUUGAAAACCAAAUGGCUGUUGCACUUGGUGGAAGGGUUGCGGAAGAGGUUAUUUUUGGAAAAGACAAUGUUACAACCGGAGCAUCAAACGACUUCAUGCAAGUUUCUCGUGUAGCAAGGCAAAUGGUCGAGAGGUUCGGAUUCAGCAAGAAGAUUGGUCAAAUAGCAAUUGGUGGUGGUGGUGGAAAUCCUUUCUUGGGUCAACAGAUGUCAUCCCAAAAAGAUUAUUCUAUGGCAACAGCGGAUAUUGUAGACGCAGAAGUACGUGAACUUGUCGAGAAAGCAUACAUUAGGGCAACCACAAUCAUCACAACACAAAUCGACAUCUUGCAUAAACUUGCUCAACUCCUAAUGGAGAAAGAAACAGUCGAUGGUGAAGAAUUCAUGAGCCUUUUCAUCGAUGGGAAAGCCGAACUCUACAUCCUAGAUUAGGAAAAAUUGCGCAAUUUAUAUGUAAAAAACUUAAGUUUGACAAAUCGAUGUACAUUUCCUUCACACAUUCGGGAUUAAAAGAAAGUAAAAUAAAAUAGACGGGAU